GCAGCGCGCCGCGCCAGGAGUCCGGAAGCAAGAGGGACGCUCCGCCAGUCCCUUACCCUGCCCCUUCCCGAGCCCAGGCAGGUUCUCCCGGCGCGGCCCGAACAUGCUGGACGGCCUGAAGAUGGAGGAGAACUUCCAGAGCGCCAUCGAGACCUCGGCCUCUUUCUCCUCACUGCUGGGCAGAGCGGUGAGCCCCAAGUCUGUCUGCGAGGGCUGUCAGCGGGUCAUCUCGGACAGGUUUCUCCUGCGGCUUAACGACAGCUUCUGGCAUGAGCAGUGCGUGCAGUGCGCCUCCUGCAAAGAGCCCCUGGAGACCACCUGCUUCUACCGGGAUAAGAAGCUCUACUGCAAGUAUGACUACGAGAAGCUGUUUGCUGUCAAAUGCGGGGGAUGCUUUGAAGCCAUUGCACCCAAUGAGUUUGUUAUGCGGGCCCAGAAGAGCGUGUACCACCUGAGCUGCUUCUGCUGCUGUGUCUGUGAGCGACAGCUUCAGAAGGGUGACGAGUUUGUCCUGAAGGAGGGCCAGCUACUCUGCAAAGGGGACUACGAGAAGGAGCGGGAACUUCUCAGCCUGGUGAGCCCGGCAGCCUCAGACUCAGGCAAAAGUGAUGAUGAAGAAAGUCUUUGCAAAUCAGCCCACGGGACAGGGAAAGGAGCUGCUGAGGAUGGCAAGGACCACAAGCGCCCCAAACGCCCCAGAACCAUCCUGACAACACAGCAGAGGAGAGCAUUCAAGGCCUCCUUUGAAGUCUCCUCCAAGCCCUGCAGGAAGGUGAGAGAAACUCUGGCUGCAGAGACGGGGCUGAGCGUCCGUGUCGUCCAGGUGUGGUUCCAGAACCAGAGAGCUAAGAUGAAGAAGCUGGCCCGGCGGCAGCAGCAACAGCAGCAGGAUCAGCAGAACACGCAGCGGCUGAGUUCUGCUCAGACAAAUGGCAGCGGGAGUGCUGGGAUGGAAGGGAUCAUGAACCCCUACACGGCCCUGCCCACCCCACAGCAGCUGCUGGCCAUUGAGCAGAGUGUCUACAGCUCCGAUCCCUUCCGACAGGGUCUCACUCCACCCCAGAUGCCUGGAGACCACAUGCACCCCUAUGGUGCUGAACCCCUUUUCCAUGACCUGGAUAGUGACGACACCUCCCUCAGUAACCUGGGUGACUGUUUUCUAGCAACCUCGGAAGCUGGGCCCCUGCAGUCCAGAGUGGGAAACCCCAUUGACCACCUGUAUUCCAUGCAGAAUUCUUACUUCACCUCUUGAGUCUUUUCCUAGAGUUCCAUGGCUAGGCUCCCACGUGGAACAACCACCACAGUUUGGAAGGGGUUGCUGGCUUGAGGACAGGAGGCUAGGAAAGCGGCGGGCUGGGGAGGGAGUUUUGUUGGAGAUGCUGUUGUAUAAUGAUAUGGGGUAGUUCAGCAUUUCCAAAAACUGAAUACAUUAUGGAUUGCAUAGUUUAAUGUUUCUAUUAAGAGUCUUAGCAUUAGAUAUGAAGAUGUGUUUAUCAUUAAGGACAGGGACUUUUAAUAUAGAUCUUCUCAUGCAAACUAGAUACCUAGGGACUCCUAACAACUUCCCGCCAUUUUGGGGAAGCUCUUGUCAAGAGGUGCAUAUGUCUAUCCACCUACACGCCAUAGGCAGACAGAUAGAUAGAUGUGUGAGUGUGUGACCUUUCAUACUUUAUCAUCAAAGUUUAUUCCUAAUUAUAACAGACACCAACUGUACAGCAAAAGUAACUUUAUUUUCAGUGUGAACUAUAUUUAAGGAAAUGCUUGAUGCACUUAAGUUAUAAAAUGAGAUAAUUUACUUUUAUAAACUUUAUUUUUAGUUUGAAGAGACUUGUCGGCAGGGCAGAGGGGGCCGCUCCACCCAGCCCCGUAGCUUUGAGUGCUUGAGUUUAUUCUGUCUUUAGAGUGUCACUGAGGUCUGGAAGGCAACUCUAGGUGGCUGAUAGUGUUCUCUUGUGGAUUUUUGCUCACUUGGGGGUUGAAUUACUGGGCUGGGGUGGGAUGGAGCAACCCCAUAUCAUGUUCUUGGAAAAUGGGAAGCCCAGACUCUUGGGCUUGCUUGUCAGUUCUGACACAUGGUUGUCAGGCAGUGUUGGGAAGGUCAGUUCUGCCCUUGAGCUUCAGCAUCUGCAAGUGAGGAUGAGGCUAACAGUACACACCUACCUCACGGGGGACCCCAGAGUUAGUGCACCCCCAAGACACAUGGGCAGAGCUGAGACUGAUACCUGAUGUUGGCUUCAAAUGCACCCACACCAUUCGGCAGGCAGAGCAGGAAGGCAGCACUGCCUUCCAGUUCCCUCUGUACUGCCUGGGCUGGCAGGAACAGCAGCUGGGGCAACUUGGGAGAUGCUUCAUCCUUCAAGGGAGAAGAGGCUAGGCUGAGGGCAUGGAGAGGGCGUGGUAGGGAUAAAUUAUGGCCUCAGGGCCUGAUUUUUAUUUUUUAAGGGAUUAUUAUUAAAAAAAAAAUAAGGAAAAUGUGAUGAUUGUAUGUGGCCCAGAUAGCCUGAGAGAUUUGCCAUCUCAGUAGAAACAUGGUUGAGGACCCAUAUUGUAGAGAGUCUUGUUUUUCAACAACCUCAUAGAGCUCAUGGAGACAGGGAAGCUCACAGAGAAACCCAGAAUUCUUCCUCUGGGCUCACUUGUCUGACCUGGAGCACAGAUUACCCAGCAGCCAUUGUACAGGAAGCCAGUUCUAUACCUUGAUCUCCCAUUGUGGUGCUAGGAGGGGACCUUCUGUGUUAGGAGUCUUCUUGGGAAGCCAGAGUGUGUAGGUGGAGAAACAGAGGGUCAGCUUGGACUUGUCUCAGAGGGGCUGUGACAGGCUUGUUCUCAUCUCUGGGGACAUCAUCAGAGUCUUGAACUCAGCGACACAUGCCCUCUACUCUCUGCAAGGCUAGAGGGAUCAUGUCCCUUAUGAUAGAGUCUGUGUUGUGUGAUUUUUGUGCUCUUGUUUAUAAUUUAUGCAAACCACCAAGAAAUGCAAAUCAGUGUGAUGUGUGGAAAUUAUACAGCUGCUGUGUGGCUCCACAGGUUACUGUGGUAAAGAUCAGUUGGAGAAUGUAGCAGAUCCUAUGUGAGUGAAAAUGAAUAGAGAUCCUUAUUCCACUCCUUAAUGGCAA